AUGGCUCCCUGCUCCACCAACUACUCCUCUGUUCACCACAUCAGGAUCUCUGAGAGAGACAGCAUCAAAUUGAGGAAACCUCUUGUGGAGAAAAUGCGCAGAGAUCGCAUCAACAGCUGCAUCGAGCAGCUCAAGGUCAUUCUGGAGAAGGAGUUCCACAAGCAGGAGCCCAACUCCAAGCUGGAGAAAGCCGACAUCCUGGAGAUGACGGUGAGCUUCCUGAGGCAGCAGCUACAGCCGGGCCUCUGCCACAGCGACUACAACCAAGGCUACUCUCACUGCUGGAGGGACUCUGUGCACUUCCUCUCUGCAGGAUCCAACACAGAGGCCUCUGUCACUCCUCUGAGGGGCAUCCAGCGGCAGGAGCGGCAGCAGCUCCAUCAGGCCCAGAGAGCUAGCAGCUCCUCCACAGUCUACACCAGCCUGAGGUCCACCACGCUGCAGGACAGCAGUGGCAGCAGCAGCAGAGGGCCCAUGUGGAGGCCUUGGUAG